AUGCUUCAAAACGCACUUCUUCUCUCCGUCCUGCUGCUGCUCCUCUCCCUCACGAACGCACAAAGCUUCGUGCCCACAGUGCCUGCCACAACCACAACCGUAAGUGCAACUGGAACCGCAACUGGGACCGCAACUGGAACCGCGACCUCGGCAACAUCUACAAGCACCACCACCACAGGAAACGAAACAAACACGACGGUGUCGUGCCCGGCGCGGUACCACGAUUGCGCCGUCAUCGGGCGCCCCGACGCCUGCUGCACCCUCGACCAGGUCUGUGUUUUUGACGAGAACCAGCGCCCUGCCUGCUGCCCGUUCCGGACCAUGUGUGUAGGCACACUCACAUCCAGCGAAGGCGGGAGAGACGGGGGCGUUCUGGGCGCGGUGGUUGUGGGGGUCGUGGGCCUGGGCGCAGUGGUAGGAUACGGGUGGUAG